AUGGCGUUGCGUCUCAGUAAAGUGUCAUACACCCAAUACUUGGAUUCCAAAGCCAACAAUGCCCCGAGUGAUGGAUUAACAGCAUCAUCCCGUACCGACGAUUCAUCCCUCGUUAGAGCAUCAUCUUCCAACUAUUCUGAAAACUCUGGAGCCUACGCCCCAAGAAAUUACACAAGAAAGGUUCCAUCAUCUUUCUCUACAUCCACCAGCGCCUCUCAUUCAUACUCAACGUACAAUUCAUACAGCGUUGAUUUUGACUCUGCCCCUCACCAUGACCAACAAGAAUAUUACAACAGCGGUAGCAACCUCAGCACCCCUUUGAAAUCCAUCCCAGAGCUGCCAGGCACUUUGAGUCAUUACAACAAUGCCGUGGUCGUGCCUCGCCCAACAAAAUCAUCAAAUAUCGUGAUUAAGCAGAUUAAUCCUGUCAAUUUCGGAACUGGGUUCCUGAGAUCGACCACCAACACAGGCUCUCAUGCUAACACCAUAGGAACAAUACCGACAGCCAACAAUUCAACCAUAAUACUGGCAGAUACCGGAAAAAAAACUGACAUAGAAACCCCAAUGCCGGUCGAAAUUCACAAUCGUUCAAUAAACUCACGGAUGACCGUCACCGAUUAUCAUCCGACCGGGGUUUCCCCAACUUCCAGUGCAGGAAAUUCUUACGUCAAACCAGCUUCGUCAUUGAGAAGAUCCAGUGCCACCAGAAGAACCCCUGGAUGGAAAAGAAGGUUCAUGUCAGUUUCCAAAAAAUUCCGAUUAAAAUUCAGAAGUUUUAGACAAUUGAUUGCCAAAAGAACCAAAAAUAGAAAACUCAACGCUAACAAAAAAUCUGUCAAGAGAGUCGGAAGUUUGAAAAACUCUGAUAAAAGCAGUACAUCAGAUAUUCUCAGUACUGAUCAAAGUCUUUUACAAAAAUACGUUGAAAAAAAGAGAACCAGAAGACAAAGAUCGGUUGGCUCACUCAGAAAGAAGAUUAGUCUUAUUGGUAAUAAAAGACAGCUUAAUGAUGAAUUAAAUGUGUUGCCACCAAUCACCAAUUUUUCAAAGAAUAAAAGAGAUUUCUCUAAUAGCUCACAAUUGACGGUUCAAAACGUGGAAAAAUUGCUUAAUUUGCCAUCUUAUCAACCAAUUAAGAAAGAUAUCAUUGAAAAAUAUGUCACUGACGUUUCCGAGGAAAUUCAAAAUAAUUAUUUGAAGGCUGACACUAGUGACGUUUCUCAGGAUACUGUUGCCUUCACAGUUGAUGCCAAGGAUGUCAGAAGAAGUUCUGUUCAAAUUAGACCUACCGCGACCAUCGCAAAAUCAAUGAAAAAUAAAUCUUUUGACUCAAUGAAGACCAAUGUCAAUGACCAACUAACGACAUCUAGAGGCAAUACCAUCUCUUCUAGAGCCUCUUCGAAAACAGAGAUUGAUCCAGCGUAUGAAGAAUUUGUCGAUAGCUGGAGCAGCUACUUGAAAAAUGUCAUUGCUCAAAGAGCUCUUUCAAAGAUUGAGGCUGCUCAGAAUGCUGCUGCUACCACCCCUACUGAUACUUCAAUUGGUUAUUACAGCACAGAUGUUGAAAGCUGUACCAUCGAUAAUACUGCUGCUCAAAAUACCUCAGUGAGAAGACUAAGCGUCCUUGAUGCUAUUCUUGAUAAUUAUAGCAAUGAUGGAAUGAGUGAAAAGGGUGACAGUGACAUUGAUACUAUCACCGAAGAAGAUAGAAAUAAUGAUGGUGAUGCCGAAUCGUUUGCUUCUUCUAAUACUGCCUGCAGCCCAUUCCCUGCUUCUGUUGAAACAUUUGAAAAAGAAAAAGGAGUUAAAGUUGGUGACAAAGAAUUCCUUGUGGCUACUGAUUCUGCAGUUAACCCUGCUUCAGAUGCUCCACCUGCCACUGAAUUUCCUGUUGCCACUGAAGAGGGAAAACCGUCAGUGGUUUUGAUUGAAAGAGUCCACAGUAAUGGGUCUAUAUCAUCUCAUUCUACCAUUGAUUCUGCUGGUUCUCUAAAGACGUCUAAUGUUUCUGAUAACAAGACCCAAUAUUACUCCAUUUCUGACUCGCAUGAAAAUAUCAAAGAUCAGGUUUUACUUAAUGAAGGUAUUGCUGUCGUCACUAGUGCUGAGGAAGAAGCCGAACAAGAUUCCAGAGACUUCAUUCAUGAUUUCGCUUUGUCUAGAUCUGGCACCGUGGUGAUCAAGCACGAUUAUCAUGAUGCCAACGAUUUGAACUCCCAAAAGUUCUUGGGUAAUACCAAGUCGAUCUUAGAUAUUUUGGCCAUUCCAGAAACUUCUAUUUCCGAUAUCGAUGAGAACUUUGACAUUUCAAACAAAAACCUUGAACUCAUUAGAAAAGAUCAUUACAAUAAUGGCAAAAAAAUCACCGUUUUCAACAAGGCUAUGUCGGAGAUCUCUAGAUCCACUUCAUUGGCAUCCUCAGUUGCUCCAUUAAACGUGAAUCAUAAUGGCAAGGCCCCAAAAAAGUAUUGCAGUAUGAAUGAUAUCAAUGGAAUGAAACUCGAAAACAAUUUGAAGUCUUUUGCCGCUAUUACUACUACUUCUACCACCGGCAACAAGGCUAAUAAUACCAAUUUGAAUAGACCAUUAUCUAUGAGAUAUAACAGAAAAUCCAACAAUGCUGCGAUCAUCAGAUUCUUGUCCCAACAACGUUAUCAACAAGAGCAAGCUAUUGUGGAAUUACAUUGA